AGAGAGAGAGAGAGAGUGUGUGUGUAUGUGUGUGUGUGUGUGUGUGUGUGUGUGUGUGAGUGUGUGUUUUGAGCGCUGAUUAAAAAGCGGCACCCACAUGCUGUCGGGUGGACGGCUCGUGCCGAGGAGCUCCGGAGGCGCGCGCACUGCACUCUGUUCCCCCGUCGGCCGAGAUGGUUGAGUCCUGUCCCCGCGUCUCGCGCACCGUAACGCCGUAACGCCGCUCCCCGACCGCUCAGCACCAGCCUCUUCGCGCGCGGGGGGGAAACAGAGCCGGUUUUUUUAUUCGCCAAGACGCUCCGACAUGACAGAGUCUCGCGGUGGAUUUGUACUCCUUUCCGACGGAGGAUGCGCCAGGUGCUCUUCUCGCGCGGACUCUUCUCGCGCCAAAGCUGCCAGGAUCAAAGGCGGAUUUGUCAUUUGGAACGUCGUGUUUUCUCUGAUGUGCACACGCGCGCAAGGUUUCAUUUACACAUGUGGUGGGACGUUAAAAGGAAAAAACGGGACCAUAGAAAGCCCCGGAUAUCCACACGGAUACCCCAACGGAGCGAACUGCACUUGGGUUAUUGUAGCUGAGGAAAGGAAUAGAAUUCACAUCGUUUUUCAAUCCUUUGCCGUGGAGGAGGAAUAUGACUUUUUAUCUUUAUAUGAUGGGCAUCCUCAUCCUGCCAACUUUCGAACAAGGUUAACAGGAUUCCAGGUUCCUGCUCCGGUCACAAGCACAGGCUCUGUUUUCUCCCUUCGUCUCACCAGCGACUUUGCCGUCAGUGCCCAUGGCUUUAAAAUCUAUUACGAAGAGCUACAGAGCAGUUCCUGUGGAAACCCAGGCAUUCCAGCUAAAGGGAUUCUGAAUGGAACAAGAUUUAACGUGGGUGACAGGAUCCAGUAUCGCUGUGUACCCGGGUACACACUGGAUGGUCAUGCUCAGCUAACUUGCGUCACUAGCACGUCCAACGUAGCAGCUUGGGACUUUCCUGUGCCCAUUUGCAGAGCCGAGGAUACGUGCGGAGGAACCUUCCGCAGUUCCAGCGGUGUGAUUUCCAGCUCGGAAUUCAAGAACGAUUACAAGAACAGCGGAGAGUGCACGUGGACCAUCGUGGCCGAUCCCGGAGACACCAUUUCGCUCGUCUUCACUGACUUUCAGAUGGACAACAAGUUCGACUACUUAGAGGUGGAGGGAUCAGAGCCACCAUCGAUAUGGUUGUCCGGGACAAACAUUCCGGUUCCUAUCGUCAGCAACAAGAACUGGCUCCGGCUCCAUUUUGUCACAGAUAAUAGUCAUAGACACAAAGGCUUUAUUGCUCAGUAUCAAGUGAAACGGUCUGGAGACUUCAAAUCAAGAGGGGUGAAGCUGUUGCCUGGGAAAGACAACACAAGCAAAUUUGCUAUAAUGAACGAAGGAGGAGUGAAGCAAGUGUCCAAUGACUGCUCGGACCCCGGAGAGCCGGAGAACGGCAGGCGCGUAGGUGACGAUUUCAGCAUUGGAGCCAUGGUCGGGUUCACGUGUGACGGCGAUCACGUGCUGCAGGGCUCCAAAAGCAUCACCUGCCAGCGGGUGGCAGAAGUGCUCGCCGCGUGGAGCGACCACCCUCCAGUAUGUAAAGUGAAAACGUGUGGGUCGAACCUCUAUGGUCCAUCUGGUACUUUUACCUCUCCCAAUUUCCCCAUCCAGUAUGAGAGCAACUCACAGUGUGUUUGGAUAAUCACCGCCAGUAACCCAAAUAAGGUGAUCCAGAUCAACUUCGAGGAGUUUGAUUUGGAGCUGGGAUACGAUACGCUUACCAUAGGAGACGGGGGAGAGGUCGGAGACUCCAGAACCAUCAUCCAAGUUCUGACUGGCAGCUUUGUGCCUGACCUGAUUGUCAGCAUGACCCACCAGAUGUGGCUCCAUCUGCAGUCGGACGAGAGCGUCGGCUCCAUCGGCUUCAAGAUCAACUACAAGGAAAUCGACAAGGAGAGCUGCGGCGAUCCCGGCAUCCCUUUGUACGGUUUCCGUGAGGGAGGCGGAUUCUCCAACGGUGAUGUGCUACGCUUCGAAUGUCAAUUCGGCUUUGAGCUGAUCGGCGAAAGAACUAUUUCCUGUCAGAAUAACAAUCAGUGGUCAGCCAACAUCCCCAUCUGUAUUUUCCCAUGUCUGUCCAACUUCACGGCCGCCUCAGGAACCGUCCUUUCGCCUGAUUACCCAGAAGGCUACGGCAACAACCUGAACUGCGUGUGGCUGAUCAUCGCCGAGCAGGGAAGCCGCAUACAGCUGGCCUUCAAUGACUUCGACCUAGAGCCACCCUACGACUUCUUGACGGUGCGGGAUGGCGAGCUGCUGGGCCGCUUCACGGGCGCCGAGGUGCCGUCACACCUCACCAGCAACUCCAACGUCCUGCAGCUGGAGUUCCAGGCCGACCACUCCAUGUCCGGCCGAGGCUUUAACAUCUCCUACAGCACGUUCGGACACAACGAAUGUCCCGACCCCGGCGUGCCCAUGAACGCAAAGCGCUUCGGGAAUAAUUUCCAGCUGGGCAGCUCGGUCUCGGUGGUGUGUGAGGAAGGCUUCAUAAAGACCCAAGGCUCGGACACUAUCGUGUGUGAGCUGGAGGAAGGAGGAGUCAUGUGGAGCGGUUUGAUUCCCAAAUGUGAAGCUCCAUGUGGUGGUCACUUCACCGCCCCUGUGGGAGUGAUCCUCUCUCCAGGGUGGCCUGGUUAUUAUAAAGACUCUCUGAGCUGCGAGUGGGUGAUCGAGGCCGAGCCGGGACACUCCAUCAAGCUGAGCUUUGACAGGUUUCAGACCGAACUCAAUUACGAUUUCCUGGAGAUCCACGACGGGCCGAACCUGCUCUCGCCACUCAUCGCUUCUCUGAACGGCACCCAGGUUCCUCACUUCCUGUUCAGCAGCGGCAGCUUCCUGUAUCUGCUCUUCACUACCGACAGCAGUCGCUCCAACAGCGGGUUCAAGCUCUUCUACGAGACUCUGUGUGGCGGUGAUGUAAAAGGACCCGAUGGCAUCAUCUUGUCUCCCGGCUUCCCGGAGCUCUAUCCCAACUCAUUAAACUGCACGUGGACGCUGGAGGUCAGCCAUGGGAAAGGCGUGCAGUUCACCUUCCAUGCUUUCCAUCUGGAGGAUCACCACGACUACCUGCUGGUGACGGAGAAUGGCAGCUUUGCUCAGCCCCUGGCACGUCUCACAGGCUCACAGAGGCCCCCGACCCUCAACGCCGGUCUCUACGGCAACUUCCGAGCCCAGCUCCGCUUCAUCUCCGACUUCUCUAUCUCCUUCCACGGCUUCAACAUCUCCUUCGCUGAGUACGAUCUGGAGCCGUGUGAGGAUCCUGGUGCGCCGCGAUUCGGUGGCCACAGCAGCAGCAGCAACAGCUUCGGAGUGGGUGAUUCGGUGACCUUCUGGUGCCUGCCAGGUUACCGGCUGCAGGGCCCACAGGGCAUCACUUGCCUGGGUGGCGGAAGGCGCACAUGGAGCGCCCCUCUGCCAAGGUGUGUGGCUGAAUGCGGAUCGACCGUUUCCCAGAACACCGGAGUCCUCUUGUCCCCAAACUACCCUCUGAAUUACGACAACAACCACGAGUGCAUUUAUAACAUUCAGGUACAAAGAGGAAAAGGCAUCAACAUCACGGCGAGCAGCUUCCGUCUGGCUCAAGGUGAUAUCUUAAAGGUUUACGACGGACCGGAUAACACGGCAGACCUCCUCGGAGCGUUCUCCGGUUCCUCCAUGUUGGGAGUCACACUCAGCAGCACCUCUAACCACCUCUGGCUGGAGUUCUUCUCGGAUCAGGACGACACCGCGGAGGGCUUCAAGCUGAACUACAGCAGUUUUGAACUCUCUCAUUGUGACGAGCCAGGCGUGCCGCAGUUCGGCUCCAAAGUGAGCGACCAAGGCCACUUUGCAGGAAGUGCCGUCACGUACCAGUGCGACCCGGGCUACACACUGCAUGGCAGUGGAUUGCUGACCUGUAUGACCGGGGAAAGGAGAACAUGGGACCAUCAGCUCCCUUCUUGCAUAGCGGAGUGUGGUGGAAGUUUCAAAGGUGAAUCGUCGGGGCGAAUAUUAUCUCCGGGAUACCCGUUCCCUUAUGACAACAAUCUCCGCUGUAUGUGGACCAUCGAGGUGGACUCGGGCAAUACCGUCAGCCUCCAGUUUCUAGCCUUUGACACGGAAGCGUCUCACGAUAUCCUGAAGGUGUGGGACGGCCGUCCUGAGAACGAGAUGCUCCUGAAGGAAGUGAGCGGUUCGCUAUUGCCCGAUGGGAUCCACAGCACCCUCAACGUCGUUACUAUUCAGUUUGAGACAGAUUUCUAUAUCAGCAAGUCUGGCUUUGCUAUCGACUUUUCCAGUUCGGUAGCGACGGCCUGCAGGGAUCCAGGCACCCCGAUGAACGGCACACGGAGCGGCGAGGGCAAAGAGCCGGGCGACACCAUGACCUUUGUGUGUGAUGCAGGCUACGAACUGCAGGGCGAGUCUCGGAUCACCUGCAUUCAGGUGGAAAACCGAUACUACUGGCAACCGAGCCCUCCUACCUGCAUCGCUCCUUGCGGAGGAAACAUCACAGGCUCGUCUGGAUUCAUUCUUUCUCCAAACUUUCCUCACCCCUACCCUCACAGCAAGGACUGUGAUUGGUUCAUCACCGUGCACCCUGAUUACGUCAUCUCACUCGCAUUCAUCAGCUUCAGCAUCGAGCCCAAUUACGACUUUCUGUACAUUUAUGAUGGACCGCACACCAACAGCCAUCUGAUUGGGACGUUUCAAGACAGCAAGCUGCCGGAGAAGAUAGAGAGCAGCUCGAACAUCAUGCACAUAGCCUUCCGCAGUGACGGUUCAGUGAGCUAUACCGGCUUUCAUUUGGAGUACAAGGCUAAGCUGAGGGAGGCAUGUUUUGACCCAGGCACUGUGAUGAACGGGACUCGACUGGGCAGUGACUAUAAACUGGGCUCCAGUUUGACCUUCCACUGUGAGCCAGGUUACCAACUACAAGGCUACUCCACUCUCACCUGCGUGAUGGGCAACACCAACCGACCAGAGUGGAACAGAGCCCUGCCCAGCUGUCAAGCUCCCUGUGGGAGCAGGUCAACGGGGUCAGAGGGCACCGUGCUGUCACCCAACUACCCUCGGAACUACACCAAGGGCCAGACAUGCCUCUACGAGAUCUCUGUGCCAGGCGAGUUCGUACUUUUUGGCCAGUUUAUGUUCUUUCAAACCACCUCCAACGACGUGGUGGACAUCUACGAUGGCCCUUCUUCUGAUUCUCCUCUUCUGACCUCUAUCUAUGGCUCCCAUUCAGGAGAGCCGCUGCCCCUGAGUGCUGGAAAUGAAAUCACCAUAAAGUUCACAGCAGAAGGUCCGAACACCGCCAAAGGCUUCCAUUUUGUCUACCAAGCCGUACCCAGGACCAGCGCUUCCCAGUGCAGUUCGGUCCCCGAGCCUCGCUACGGAAAGCGGAUCGGAAGCGAUUUUGGACUCGGCGCCGUCGUGCUGUUUGCAUGUAACCCGGGUUACGUGCUCCACGGUGCCAUCGCCAUCCGGUGCGAGUCGGUGCCCAGCAGUCUGGCCCAGUGGAACGGCUCAGUGCCUUUAUGCACAGUUCCAUGUGGAGGUGUCCUUACAGCACGCCGAGGAACCAUCCUGUCUCCCGGUUACCCCGAACCUUACAAUAAUCACCUCAACUGCGUCUGGAAAGUCUUUGUUCCGGAAGGAGCCGGAAUUCAAAUCACAGUCGUAACGUUUUCCACCGAGCACAACUGGGAUUCGCUGGAUUUCUACGACGGUGUUGACAGCAACGCACCCAGACUUGGCAGCUAUUCAGGAAUCACCAUCCCACCGCUUCUGAACAGCACAUCCAACAACCUGUACCUGACGUUUCAGACGGACAUGAGCGUUUCCGGAGCAGGAUUUCACCUGGAAUACGCAGCGAUAGGUUUGGAUUCCUGCCCGGAGCCUCAGACCCCCAACAACGGCAUGAAAAUCGGCGAGCGCUACAUCGUCGGUGACGUGGUUUCCUUCCAGUGCGAUCAGGGAUACACGCUAAAGGGCAGUGCGUAUAUAACGUGUAUGCCGGGACCCGUCAGAAGAUGGAACUAUCCGGCACCUCUCUGUCUGGCCGAGUGUGGCGGCUCUCUCUCGGACAUGACUGGUGUCAUCCUGAGUCCCGGCUUUCCUGGAAAUUACCCCAGUGGGCUGGACUGCACCUGGACAGUGCGACUUCCUGUGGGCUUCGGGAUUCACCUGCAGUUCCUGAAUUUCUCCACCGAAGCCGUUCACGACUACCUGGAGGUUCGGAGCGGGAGUUCAGACUCGGGUUCGGUGAUUGACAGGUUCAGCGGUUCCCUCGUUCCUGAAUCGUUUUUCAGCACCACCCACGAGACCAGCUUCAUCUUCCACAGUGACUACUCACAGAACAAAGCUGGCUUCCACAUCGUCUACGACACUUAUGAGCUCCAGCGCUGCCCGGAUCCGAGGCCCUUCCGAAACGGCCAGGUGAUGGGAACGGAUUUUGGCGUGGGCAUGACCAUCUGGUUCCAGUGUCAGCCGGGAUAUACGCUUCUGGGCCAGGCCUCGCUCACCUGCCUGCAUGGAGUCAGCAGGAACUGGAAUCACCCUGUUCCUCGCUGUGAAGCACUUUGUGGUGGAAAUCUCACCGCUCUGGAGGGCACCAUCUACUCUCCGGGUCACCCAGACGAUUACCCCAACUUGAAGGACUGCACAUGGACCAUCAGGGUUCCGCCAGGCAACGGCAUCUCCAUUAACUUCACCGUGCUGAACACCGAGCCCAUCUACGACUACAUCACCGUGUGGGACGGCCCGGACCAGACCUCCCCUCAGCUGGGCCAGUUCAGCGGCAGCUCUCUUCAGGAAGCCAUCUCCAGCACCUCCAACCACGUCCUCCUGAGGUUCCACAGCGACUUCAGCACCAGCGGAUUCUUCAUCCUGCAUUAUUACGCGUACCAGCUCCGUGUGUGUCAGCCUCCUGCGCCCGUCGCUAACGCCGAGAUCCUGACUGAUGACGGCGAGCUCGAAAUCGGAGAUAUCAUCAGGUACCGCUGCCUUCCAGGCUUCACGUUGGUGGGCAGUGAGAUUCUGACUUGCCGUCUGGGUGAGAGGUUGCAGAUGGAUGGCACCCCUCCAGUUUGCCAGGUGCGAUGCCCCGACAACGAAGUACUCUUCGACUCCACCGGCGUGAUCCUGAGUCCAGGCUUCCCAGAAAAUUACCCCAACCAGCAGAUAUGCUCGUGGAUGAUCAGCGUGGAGAAGGGCUACAACAUCACGCUGCACUUCGAGCUCUUCCAAACCGAGAAGGAGUUUGACAUCCUGGAGAUCUUUGAUGGUCCCAACAUUUACAGCCCGAGCGUGGCGGUGUUGAGCGGCGAGCUGGCCGUGCCCUUCACCCUGAGCACCACGGGCCACCAGCUGCUCCUGCGCUGGUCCUCUGACCACGGCACCAACCGCAAGGGCUUCCGCAUCACGUACGUGGCCAUGUACUGCAGCACGCCAGACUCUCCGCAGCACGGCUUUGUGGUCAGUCAAACCGGCGGCCACGUCAACAGCGUGGUGCGCUGGGCCUGCGAUCGGGGAUACAGGCUGAUUGGGAAAAGCAUGGCCAUGUGCAAGAAGACCGAAUUCGGAUAUCUGACCUGGGACACGUCUGUGCCGGCGUGCCAAGCUGUGUCUUGCGGCAUGCCAGCGGCUCCACCGAACGGAGGCGUGAUGGCGCCCGAUUACUCGGCAGGCACGCGCGCUAACUACUUCUGCAACGAAGGUUUCCGGCUCUCCUCCAAAGAGGUGACGAGCACGGUCUGCCAGGCCGACGGGACCUGGAGCAGCCACAACAAGAUCCCACGCUGCACAGUCAUGCUGUGCCCCAGUAUCGGCUCCUUCGCGCUGGACCACGGCAAGUGGAAGAUCGUCAACGGAUCUCGUUACGAAUACGGAACCGUGAUCGCCUUCAGCUGUAACCCCGGUUACUACCGCCUCGGCCCCGCCCACAUCCACUGCACGUCUAACGGGACAUGGAGCUGGAGGAACGAAAGGCCGCGCUGCAAGAUUAUUUCUUGCGGGAUGCUGCCCACUCCUCCUAAUGGGAAGAAAAUUGGAACUCAGACGACCUUCGGAGCGACGGCCAUUUUCACCUGUGACGUGGGCUACGUUCUGGUCGGCUCGACCGUACGCGAGUGUCUGCCGUCGGGGCUGUGGAGCGGCUCGGAGACUCGCUGCCUGGCGGGUCACUGUGGAGAACCGGAGCGGAUCGUGAACGGUCAGGUGAUCGGAGAGAACUUUGGCUACAGGGACACGGUGGUGUAUCAGUGCAACCCGGGCUUCAGACUCAUCGGCUCUUCAGUACGAAUCUGCCAGCAGGACCACAGCUGGUCAGGACAACUGCCCUCAUGUGUGUCGAUCAGCUGCGGGCAUCCGGGAAGUCCGAUAUACGGGCGUACGGUGGGAGACGGUUUCAACUUGGGAGACGUUGUCAGUUUCGUCUGCAACGACGGCUACGUGUUGGAGGGACCGUCUCAAGCCCAGUGUCUUCCUGAACGCCAGUGGAGUCACCAACCGCCCAGCUGCAGAGUGGUUAACUGCACUGAUCCCGGGAUACCAGCUAAUUCCAUUCGGAAGAGUAAAAUCGAAUUCGGGAAUUUCACCUUCGGCACCGUGGUAUCGUACGACUGCAAUCCCGGGUAUUACCUCUUCGGGGCAGCUGUUCUGACCUGCCAGCCUGUAGCCUACUGGGACCGACCGCUACCCGAGUGCAUCGAGGUGGAAUGCGGUCACCCUGGCGUCCCGCCUCACGCGCUCCUGAUGGGAGAAAAGUUUACCUUCGGUUCGAGCGUACGCUACACGUGCAUGGGAGGACGGCGGCUGAUCGGAGACGCCACACGGACCUGCCAGCUAACCAGCCACUGGAGCGGCUCUCUGCCUCACUGCUCAGGUGAUACAGCCGGUGAGUGCGGUGACCCAGGAACACCGGCUCAUGCCACACGGGAAGAAGGAACCUUUCAUCAGCGUGUUAAAGUUCGCUUCACCUGCGCCACGGGCCACACACUGUACGGCUCGGCCGAGCGCAUCUGCUUUCCCAACGGCACCUGGUCAGGAAAACAGCCCACCUGCAAACCGAUUCAGUGUGGAAACCCGGGCAGCCCUGCGAACGGUCGUGUCUCCCGUGUGAACUCAACUUCUUUCUCUCAUUCUGUUGUUUAUUCUUGCUCUGACGGAUAUCGUCUCUCCGGUGCGCCCUCAAGAGUCUGUCUGGCCAACGCCACCUGGUCCGGCUCCGAACCCAACUGCACAUUGAUAAGCUGCGGUGAACCAGGCAUCCCUGCCAACGGGCUGCGCUUUAGCGAGGCCUUCACCGUUGGCCAGAAUGUCACCUACGCAUGCCAACCAGGGUUCCUGAUGGACAACUCCAGCAUCAGCAUCCGAACUUGCACCCACAACGGAACUUGGAGCGGCACCUUGCCAACCUGCCAAGCGGUCACGUGUCCUCCUCCACCCCAAAUCUCCAGCGGUGAGGUGGAGGGCUCUGUGUUUCAGUGGGGUACCAGCGUUAGCUACCGCUGCCUGAGCGGCUACGAGCUCUCUUUCCCUGCAGUUCUUACCUGCGUGGGUCAGGGAUCCUGGAGCGGUGACGUGCCUCUGUGCAUGCCCAGGUUCUGCGGCGAUCCGGGCGUCCCCGCUCAGGCCAAGAGAGAAGGCCAGAGUUUCAUCUUCAAGUCUGAGGUAUUUUACAGCUGCAGCGCCCCCUACGUGCUGGUGGGCUCCUCUACACGCGUGUGCCAGGCUGACGGCACGUGGAGCGGCUCGCAACCUCGAUGUAUAGAACCCACCAGGACGACGUGUGAGAACCCAGGAACCCCAGAGUACGGUUCUCUGAAUGCAAGCCUGGGCUUCAAGGUGAGCAGCACCGUGCGGUUUCACUGUCAGAGCGGCCACCUGUUACUGGGCUCCAUUACACGGACGUGUCAGACUGACCUGAUGUGGAGCGGAGUGCAGCCCGAGUGUGCAGCUCAUACAUGCAAGCAGCCUCGCAGCCCCCCUCAUGCCACCGUACUGGGGCUGGACGUCCCCUCACUCGGGUACAUGCUGGUGUACUCGUGCCAGCCGGGUUUCCUGCUCACUGGAGGCUCCGAGCACCGUGUGUGUAGACCUGAUGGAUCCUGGAGCGGGAAAGUGCCUGUGUGCCGAGUCGGAUCAAAACCCACUGAGAAAGCCAUGGUUCCUGUUCAUGGGACGCCGAGUCCAAAAGCAAGCGUUCCUGAGGACGUGUUCGCCCCGGCGUACGUCUGGAAAGGCUCAGUGGAGUACAAGGCAGUCAAACAGCCCGUGACUCUGACAGUCACUAACUUUACCGCAAGCUCCGGCAGAGUGAACGUCACUUUAACCAACAGGAACACGGAGCUCUUACUGUCAGGUGUGUAUAAGAGCAGUGAAGCUCACCUCACCCUGCGGCUGUACCACACGAGGGCUCUGGUGCAGGGAACUCACACUAAGGUCACAGAGGAAACGUGGACCAUGGAUGGAUUUGUUUCAGCCGAGCAGGACGGAGGUCCGUACGUGUUCCAGGGCUACAUCCAGAGCCGGGAUUACGGACAGUUCGGUUUACAGAGACAAGGUCAGAACAUCACGGAGACCACGAGAAGCUCAGAGGCGCCGCCCGGGACCAACAGCAGCUCUGUCGCCGUGGCAAUUCUUGUGCCUUUUUUUGCUCUGAUUUUUGCAGGGUUUGGAUUUUAUCUCUACAAACAGAGGAGGACGGACAAAGCCGAGUUCUCGGGCUGCUCGGUGCACGAGAACAGCAACGGCCAGGCCACGUUCGAGAACCCCAUGUACAACACCAACACCAAAAGCAUGGAGGGCAAAGUGGUGCGCUUCGACCCGAGCCUCAACACCGUCUGCACCAUGGUUUGACACAAACAAACUCGUCCUAGGGGUUAGAACCACGGUGCGUUUUUAUUAUCUGGACUUCGUGGAGGUUGCACAGGUUUACGAAGAAAGAUCCAAGCACAGUAUUAGGAGCCAAUCCCCCCUUCACACACACACACAGACACACACACACACACACACACACACACACACACACACAAAAUGACGUGCCCCUGACCCCCCCCCCCUCCCCACAUCCGGUCUAAUCUUCAUGCUUUACGCUCUGCGUGGAUCAGCAAGCGAGGGUGGGACUGCUUCACGUCUCCAGUGGAGUGUUUUUAGGUUGUGCAACUCACUCUAAGAGUGUCUUUGAUUUUUUUUUUUUUUUUUUUUUUUUU